CUGUUCCCAACUUCCAUGACCACUGUACCAGCCCGCUUGAGACCGAUCCUACGCGCCAUGUCGUCUUCCUCACCGCGGACCACCCUCCUCUCCGAGUUCUCUACCUGCGAAAUCAGUGAUGCCCUCAUCAAGCUAGGCGUUCCACACGGUGGGCUCCUGCCCGACAUCCAGCUCAAAGUUCCAUCGCAGGACGCUAGGAUCUGUGGUCCGGCCUAUACGGUCAGGAUGGUGUUGAGCUCGGAUACCUCUGCGCCGAAGCUGUCUGGCCAUUUCGUAGACCAGGCGCCUGAGGGGUCCGUGAUUGUUAUUGAUGCGCCUCCAGAGACAAAGAACGCCGUCUGGGGAGGGCUCAUGAGCGCAGGCGCGCAAGCAAGAGGGGCCCUCGGCGUUGUCAUAUCUGGCCGGUGUCGAGAUCUUGCCGAGCAUCGCUCGCUUGGCUUCCCCGUCUUCUCGCGCGGACAGUCCACGCUCGGGCAGUCGCCGUUUACGCGGCCCUCCGAGAUCAACGUCCCUCUGACCAUCGCGUCAAUACCCAAUUUCGGGAGCAGUGCAAACGUCCAGAGCAGCGAGGGAGCGGACGCAUUCCCCGCCGCGGUCAUCUCUCCCGGAGACUGGAUCGUCGGCGACGAAGACGGCGUUGUGGUCGUUGCGCAGGCUCUGGAGCAAGAGGUGGUCGAGAAGGCGUUGAAAGGCAGGGAAGUGGACGCGAAGUGUAUGGAGGAUAUAAAGGCGGGUAAAGGCGUCCAGGCAUCGUUUAAGCUGCAUAGAGGGAAGUAGGGUGCUCAGGAGGUAGCAGGAUGUGCAGGUCAUGGUGGAUGCGCAGGGAAGGCCGUGAUGCGAUGGUAAAUUACAGUGCUGAGGUAUAUCUAAAGUGUACACAAUACAAAUGCACAGGUAGAACUCAUCGUCGAGGUUGGAACUUC